AUGAAGAAGAAGAAGGUUCUCGUUUCCUCUCGAGUCUCGCGAGACCUGACAACACCGCGAAACAGGAGGAGGAAUAGGCAAGGUGGCGUUUGAUGUAGAGUACGUUAUUGUUUGUAAUAGUUAUGUGUUCCUAAUCUGUCGUACAUGUACAAGAAAAUGUUGUAAUAGGGUAAACACGGUUAAUAUUUGUUUGUGCCCGGUAUCUAUUAGUCUGAGCGCACUUUGACUUUUCUCGUGCUAGCUUAGCUUGAUAGCUAGGUUAGCAUGUUAGCUGCUAACAAAGCGACGCAGAAGUUAUCAACACGUCGCUAAGCAGAGAUCAGAUGUGAGUGUAAAGUGUUGGCAUUGUGUGAAAAUGUGCGAAAGAACGACAGUAGAGUACGAGGAGGAACUUUCUCCAACAAAAGAGGAGAACGAGCGACAACAUCAACUACUGGACGUUUUUUUUAAGAAACAUCAAGUUGUGUUACACAGAACAGACUUCCAGCAGCCCUCCCAUGUAAAAGAAGAAGAGGAAGAGCCACAGCCCCCCCACAUUAAAGAGGAAGAAGAGGAUCUCUGGAUCACUCCGGAGGAAGAGUUUCUUCUUGGGCAGGAGGAGGCUGAUCUCACCAAGUUUCCACUGACUGUCGUCUCCGUGAAGACUGAAGACCAUGAAGAGAAACCACCUGAGUCCUCACAGCUUCAUCACAGUCCAAACGUCCAUGAAGUACAUCUCCCUGAGCGGCAGGAGUGGACCUCCUUGGUGGAGCAAGAGGAGCCAGAGACCCCCCACAUUAAGGAGGAGAAGGAGCGACAGCCCGCCCAUAUUAAAGAGGAAGAGGAGGAUUCACAGCGUCCCUACAUUAAAGAAGGGGAGGAGCCUCAACCCUGCAACAUUAAAAAGGAAUGGGAUGAGCCACAACCCUCCCACUUUAAAGAGGAAGAGGAAGAACACAGCAUCAGUCAGGAGGGAACGUAUCUUGAAGGACUGGAGGAGUUCCCAUUGACGGUCAUUGUGAAGAGUGAAGAUGAUGAGGUCAAUAGUGAAAGUGAGGAGAAGAGAGAGGCGGAGCCUCCAAGCAGCAGCUCAACAGAAGCUGAUGGAGACCACUGUGGAGGAUCACAAGCAGACAAGCUCUUAGCUCCACUGUCAGAUAGUGACGACACAACGUCACACUCUGCUGACACUGAUGAUGAAGACUCUAUAGCUGAUAAGACAUGUCACACUGACAACACACACUUUCAAUGCUCUCACUGCGACAAAACCUUUAAUCACCGUCGUAAUCUUCAAGUACACACGAGAAUACACACUGGGGAAAAAACAUCCUCCUCUUCAAUCUGCGGUCCAGGUAAUAUGCAAAAUAGCGAGUUGAAAGUACAUAUGAGAACGCCCACUGGAGAAAAACCUUUCAAGUGUUCAAUUUGUAGUAAGACAUUCUCCCAGAAGCAACAUUUGAAAGUACACACCAAAGUACACACGGGAGAAAAACCUUUUUCUUGUACCAUCUGUGGUAAAGGUUUCAUACAAAAUAACGGUUUGAAAGUACACAUGAUCAAACACACGGGACAAAAACCAUUUUCUUGUUCCAUCUGUCACAAAGGUUUUAUACAAAGUAGCGAUUUAAAAGUACACACGAGAAUACACACCGGAGAAAAACCGUCUUCCUGUUCAAUCUGCGGUCAAAGAUUUACAAAGGGUAGCGAGUUGAACGUGCACAUGAGAACGCACACUGGGGAAAAACCAUUCAUGUGUUCGGUUUGCAGUAAAAGUUUCUCUCAGAAGCAACAUUUGAAGAUACACGUAAGAAUACACACCGGAGAGAAACCGUUUUCUUGUUCAGUUUGCGGCAAAGGUUUUAAUCAAAGGCAACAUUUGAAACUACACGCACGAAUACACACUGGAGAAAAACCUUUUACCUGUUCGGUGUGUGGGAAAGGUUUCAUUCAAAAUGAACAUUUGAAAAUACACAUGAGGAGACACACCGGCGAGAAAGUGUUGAGUUGCAGUGUGUGUGAUGAAAGAUUCUCUUAUAAGUACCAGUGUCAGAAACACAAGUGUGCUGGUGAGACCAGCAGCAGCAAAUAGAGCACCAGGAUUUGAAAUAAACCGUCAAAACUUUGACUUUCUUACAACACCAGCACAUAUAAAAUGUGCUGAUAUUAGUGUCCAACUUGCCUACUCAAUAUUUGGAGUGUAUUGAGUGCAACCUACUCAGUGGCGUAGUGGUUAGAGUGUCCGCCCUGAGAUCGGUAGGUUGUGAGUUCAUACCAAAGACUAUAAAAAUAGGAGCCAUUACCUCCUUGCUUGGCACUCAGCAUCAAGGGUUGGAAUUGGGGGUUAAAUCACCAAAAAUUAUUCCCGGGCGUGGCCACCGCUGCUGCCCACUGCUCCCCUCACCUCCCAGGGGGUGAUCAAGGGUGAUGGGUCAAAUGCAGAGAAUAAUUUCGCCACACCUAGUGUGUGUGUGACAAUCAUUGGUACUUUAACUUUUUUAACUUUAACAUCUGGGUACUCGCGACCCACUGGACCUUUUUCAUUUUUUAAAAUAUUUUCUCCUCAUCACACUUAUGCACUUACUAAGCGUAAAUUCAACUUUGACCUGCUGCUUGUCCCUGUGGUCCCAGUAGUCUUUACUCCACCAAGCAGAGGAAAACUACAAAAACAUGAAAAAGCAGGAUAGUCACAAGUCAAUGAAACAUGAUGUCCUGUAGCAGCCUUCAUUUUCUCUUCAACUACAGUAAACUACUAAAGACUCUGACUUUCCUACCUAGAUAUGACCUAAAGAUUGUUUUCAAUAAUGGCCCACCUAUGUACUGAACUCUAACAUUAUUAACCAUAUUUACUCGGUAUCCAUUGCACCGGUCCCCCAGGGGGAAACCCCACAUCUGCGGUCUCUUCCAAGCAAAUCUAUAUAUAUAUAUUUUUUUUGUGGUCAUUAUACUGAAUACAUAUUGUAAUGUAUGUGAAUGUUGUACAUUUAUAUACGUCACGAUGGAUGGCAUGGGUCGGGCUGUGGGAACACAAGACUGGCAAUCUCGGAAUUGAAUCGCAAACUGGAUAACAUUUCAUUUCGGAAAUGUUAUCCAGUUUGCGAAUCAAUUCCGAGAUUGCCAAAGACUGACUUGAGAGCCAGAAUGGAUGUUUAAAUCGGACAAGCCAUUUGAAUGCGUCUGCUCGCCUGGGAAACCAUAAUCCUUAUCUACAAUUCGACUGCCUCAAAUGGACUUGGUGAGGCCGUGCCGUAAACAUCCCAGGAGGACAGCGCAGUGAUAGCCGCUCUGAAUUCCUCACUCCUUUAACAACACCUAGGAAGUUCCUGCAUAGCGACCUUAGGCCUGUAGACAUAACAGCACUCAAACCGUGGACUGCACAUUUGCACACAUACUCCCUGCCCCCCUGUUGCAAGUCUUGUGGUUUCUGUGUCUUAACAUGUGUAUACGUGCUUAUUGUGGAUAGAUAUUUGGUGCCCAAACCUAAAUAAAUGUUUAAGACGUUUGGUUCAUCAUAACUGUUACACAUACUUCCAACAUAUUUUGAUUACCGUAUUUUUCAGACUAUAAGGCGUACUUAAAAUCCAUUCAUUUUCUCAAAACUCGACAGUGCGCCUUAUAACCCGGUGCGCCUAAUGUACGGAAUAAUUUUGGUUGUGCUUACCAACCUCGACGCUAUUUUACUUGGUACAUGGUGAAAUGAUAAGUGUGACAAGUAGAUGGCAGUCACACAUAAGAGAUAUAUAGACUGCAAUAUGAGCCAAGUAAACAACACCAAAAUGUUACAUGUUCUGUUGAAAAUAUAGUUCAUUACACACAGUGCCCAAAAAUCUAUCAAAAUGUUUUAGUACGACUUUGGUAAGCUAUGAAGCCGCAUCGCUUGAUGGAUUGUACUGUGCUUUAACAUAUCAGUUUCAUGUCUUCCUUUGAGCGAUAUUUCCCGCAUCUACAUACUUGCCAACCCUCCCGGAUUUUCCGGGAGGCUCCCGAAAUUCAGCGCCUCUCCCAAAAACCUCCCGGAAGAAAUUUUCUCCCAAAAAUCUCCCGGAAUCCAUGCGGACCUGAGUCCAGUGUGCGCACACAAGGAGACGAAGCAGAAGAACGAGACCAUAGUCGAAGAGCGCGGGGGAGACACUUCUCCAGGGCCGAUGUAUGCUCGGGGCAACACCCUUCACCUUACCCGGCAGUGGGUCUCCACAGCGGACGACUUUAGGGUGAAUGAUGAGUCCAGCGAUUAGUUGCAAAUCUUGCUUUAUUGAUUGCUUGCACACAGCCAAUCCAACACAAAACCAACUAGUCCCUCCCCACACUCACGCUACCGCUCCCUCUCUUCUCUCGCCCACACACUCACUGAUGUCACUCACCUCACAUGCGGUCACCUAUUAAAGGGCCACACACACACAUACUCUACUCUUAUAACACACAGUACAGUUAGUAGAACAACUGUGUUUUCAUUACUGUGUAUUUGAUAGGUGUCAUUGCCCCGGAAUUGUAUUGCAUUGUACUUUCAAGUACAACAAUGAGUAGAUGAGUGUUAUGUGUGUGUAUAUG